AUGCGUCUCACGCUUUAUUUAGCGUGUCUAAUCGCAUUCUGUGCAGCUGAAUAUGGUUUUUUUUUCAUUAAUUUUUUAAAAAUCGAAAUAUAUUGAUAAAAACGCCUCAUUCGCUUUUGAAAACCAAAAAGAAAGAUGAGAUUUUAUAGUGCUGUUUAUUCGCAUUUGUCUUCUUUCCUCAUGCAGUCGUUGACUUUCGGCAAAAAAAAACGAAUCGAAGGAAUUCAACAAACAAAAAAAGCAAAGGGUUCGCAUCGGUGUCAUACUAAUCAAUGCAAAGCGUGACAAGGAGCGACCCUUGACUCCGCCCACUGCAAACUCGCGCUUAUAUAGGUCCUCUAAUCUUUGCGCCGGACUUUACACGGGUUUCGCGAUCUUGCCCUUUUCAAAGGUUUUUCGCUUGACUUUCGAAGACAUUUAUGAAAUAGAUUGAAGGUUAGAGUCGAAUUAUGAUAAUCUUGAAUCGAGAGAACAAAGAUGAAUUUUUUUUUCAAUUUUUAAACGCAAAUUAUUUUAAAAACAGAGGGCCAGAAAUUGACGGAUGAGGAGCGAAGACACCUAAUCGAUAUCGCAAAAGCCGUUAAAAGGUUCGUGAUUCAUGCAGUCCAAACUUUAAAGGGUAGCUACGAAAACUUUUCAGAAGAAUUUUUUUUUCAAUUAAAAUUCGCAUGUUUUUGACAUUUUUUCUAAUAUAUUUUGGAAUCGUCUUUUUGAACUACGUUCUACACUAUAAAUUUCUCGUUUGAGGCGGAACGAAUAAAUCAAAAAGCUCUGUUCGCUUGAGUCCGUUAGAGCGUAGAACGUGACAAAAAAAUAAAAUAAAACGCAUAUUCAUUUUUUUCUUUUUUUCGCAUUUUUUUCUAAUUUUUUUGAAAGAGUUUUUGUUUUCUUUUUCAAUUGUUUUUCACUAUAGCUUUUAAGAACUCCCAUCCUGUGUUAUCAUUAAUAAUAGUAAGUUGCAGAUUUAAGAGAAAUCCGUUUGAGCGGCAAAGAUCUCGGGAUGAUCCUGGCCGUGGGGGUUCGGAUUUGAGAGAGAAAGAGGACGAAGUCGAAGGAGUUUGUUCAUAUAAAAACAAACUUUAAUAAAAUAUUUAUUGUUUUUCAGUUUAUCGAAGAAGAAAGUUCAAAGACACAGAAGAAGCCGACGGCCAGCGUCACCGCGCAGCCAGAAACCACUGAAUCGCCUCGUCCUGAACCUAGUUCUGAUAGUUUCCAGGUUUUCGCUCCAUUUUUCUUUGUUCUUUAACUAAUUCUCUAGUUUUUUUUUCUUCAACUUUACUGUAAACUUGCAAAAAAUUUUUUUUAUUUGCGGAAAUGCAUGCAAAACGUUUUUUUUAUUUGCUAUUUGUGCUAGAGUAUUAAUUUUAUAUUAUUCUGACCAGAAUGUAGAAGUUUUUCGUAAAAGAAAAAAAAAACACCUGAUGACGAAAGUUGACGUUCAUACUGGCCGAUUCAACUGAUUUGAAUUUUUUAAAAUUUGAAUUAGCUGUUUAAUUUGUGUAGUCAUUAACCUUCUGGAGAAAAAAAUUGCCAGACCUUCACAGGAACCCUGAAAACGAACUAUUCCUUUUUAACUUCAGGGAGAAAAAGAAGAGUACUGCAAAAAGUACGACGAACACUUUUCUUUUUAUUGCGUCGGUGACACCGGCCGCAUCACAGCGGUAAGUAUCAAUUUCGAACUCGUAAAAAAACGAGUUUCCAGCAACUUUCGAAGUUCUGCAACGCGUUUCGUCGUGCUUGUCCCGACCGAAUCCACUCGUCUAAAGUUUUGACUCCUUCCUCUUCCUCUUCUUCGCUGACGUCCUGGCCUUCGAACCCCUUCGAGAAGAAGAUCACGACGAUUCCGCAGAGAAGUGCUCCGAGAGCCGCGGCUCCUGUGUCUACGGAAGAUGAUGACGUCCCUGCCGAAGAGGAAAUCUACUACGCUGAGCUUCGGGUCUUUUGUCUCGGACAAUAAGCUUGAACUCUAGUAAUUUCCAGAAGAGACAUCCCUGCAAGCCCGACUGUGACCCGCGGAUCUUCCCCCACUGCACGACCGAUUGCAAGUGCGACUACAUUUACCCGACAGUCCAGAGAUUUUGCAAUCCUCCGCCAUUGCCGCUCUUCCUCAACACGUGUCGGUUCGGAUUUUCUUUUCGAUGAAUCCCUUUGUUCAGCUCCAAGCUUUUUUUCUUUUUUACCUAUCCUGGCUGAAAAUUUUCCCCGAAAAAUCAUUUUUAUUGUGGGAUCAUAGUUUCUAUUGGAAUUUGAUGAAGGAAAAAAAAGUCAAGAGAAUUAUUUAAGUCAUUUUAAGUCUGAUAUUUGACUUGAAGAAAAUUUGCGCCUUUAUGUAAGCCGGCCGUUUUUGUUUGAGGGUUUAGUAGGGCCUAGACGGGCUUAAAAAAUUCUCGAAAAUUUUUAAGCUGAGAGGCCAUCCCUAGCACGAGAGUGCUCCUAAGGAAGGUUUUUUCAGUGGUCAAAUUCGAAUUUUUCAUAAGUUUUCCCCGAAUAACUUGCAAAGGUCUCGAUGAAGUUAACGGAUAGUUUUUACAUGCAAAAAGUUUUUUUCUUGAAGAUGUCAGUUUAAAAUGUUUGCAUUCAACACGUAACUGCGAUUUUCAUUGUAGGCCUUUAGAGAACCAAUUUUAAAGAACACACUCGAAAAAAAGAGCUGUUCUACCUACCUUGUCAGGUAGAACAGCUCCAAACUUUUUCUUCACUGCAGGUUAUGGUACAACGGCUGUCCCAAGUACGAAAACUAUCACUACGCUUCUCAAUUUGUUUAUUCCAAAGCCGAGAAGGGCAAAAUCUUGCGUAAGUUUGCCUUUUUCCCUUUCUUUUGCGAGGUAUACAAAUUAAAAAGGAUACAAAGCUAUACAAAAUAGCAGAAUUACUUAUUUGUAGAAUACAAAGCCAUGUGGAAAAACAAUCAUGAACUUACCUUUAGGAAACUAGGAUGAAAGUAACUUUGCUUAUCUAAGUUUAACACAAAAUCUUGCUUAUUAUACUUGGCUAAAAUUUGCUGAAAAAGUCGGAAGUGUGUUGAUUUUUUUAGCUGGAGCCCCUCCUGCCAAGGCCAUCAAUCCUUACAACAUUCCUUCGCCUUCGGCUUCUUUGGCUCCGAUUCGAAGAACUCGUCGAGAUGCUGAUGAACCAUUGUAAGAGUUAGAGAAGCUUGACAAUUUCUCAAAAGAGUUUUAUUUGAAAACAAAAACGUUUUUAAAAAUCUCCUUCAGAUGAUCUCAAAAUACAAGAUAAAUGAGGAAUUCGCUUCUAAAUAUCUCAACUUGUGAAGUUUUCUGCUUCUCGAGUUAAAGAAUAUCGAAGUUCUAGUUCCACGCGCAAUGUUUGGAAAGACGUUCUUCAAACCGUCCUCUUCUCAAAAAUUAAGAAAUUAGACAGAUUGAAGUCUUGAAGACUUUUCAUUGUACUACAGUUUUGGACGGUUUUUCAAAAAUCAUGUUCUGAAACUCUGAGUAAAAGCACUUCAAUAUUAUCGUCUCAUUUUCGCGCCAAAAUUUGCAGAGAACUUGUGAUACCUCCAGACUUGCCUCGACCAGUUGCUCUGGCCGACCUCGGAGCUCCCCCAAAUGAAAACUUGCCGCAGGAAAGGUAUAAAACGUGUCUAUUUUUCAAAUGUGACUUCUUCUCUUCUUCUCACGGCCUUGUACUGCGUGAGCACCCCAAGGUCCGUCCUGACAUUAGUGGUAAUGGGUGGACUGGCUCUAGUGGCAUGUCCGUCCUAGUGUGUGACGGCUGGGAAUUUCGAAGCCGUGGUUUUCCACCAACAUAUCUUCAACCCUUUGGUUGGAUCGCAGCGGGGAUCGAACUUGUGACUUUGCGGACCAGAGACAGGCACAAAACCUGUUGCGCUACGGCGCGCCGCUGAAAUCGAAUGAUUAAUGAAAAACUGAAGAGUGAGUUUACGUACAGAAAAACUUGAUAAUUACAGCAAACUUUCUUUGGAAAAAUCAAGAGAUCUUCUGCAUACCUAUCGACGAAAUCUGAACGCAGCCAAAACGAAGAAAAAAUUACGGCGAAGAAGGCAUCGGACGCAGUUUUCGGAGUUUGUUUUCCUCAAUUAUUAUACCUACAUAUAUGCAUGCAUGAAUAGUCUAUUUGUGCCUUAGAAAGCGAAAAACUUGAUUGAAACCCUCUAAAUUCAAUUUUCAAGAAUUUGAGAGACUUUGAGAUUUGAGAGAAACGUGGUGAGCUCAUAAUUCAGGUAAAUUUAGUGGUGGGGGAUGCUCUCAGUUUUCAAUAAUUAGUUCGUAAAAGAAUGAACAAUUAUCAGUUCAAAACCAUAAUAAAAUGUUGUUUCAGAACCCCUGAACGAAAGGCGCCAACAACUAAAAGGCCUCCGACUCGCAAGGAGCUCUACAACGCUCUCAAGUUUGUAUUAUUUUUUGUUGAGUUUGAAAAUCCUGAAAUUCCAUUUUUCUUUUUGAAGUGAAGUGGAAAGAGAAAAACCAUGACUCGUUUGAAAAGUUUUAAUAUUUUUGUUGAAACUAAAAACACUGAUUUUUGCGCCCAUUUUGUAUAUGAAUGAUUUUUUUGAAACUGGCAUGGUUUGUUCAGAAAUUAUUGCUACGAUCUCAUUGCAGAAUAGAAAUAAUAAAAAAGAAACUAAAAAAUCUGUUCGUCUCGAUAUUUCCAUUUGAUUUUUGUAUGUCUUCGAGAAAAAUAAACAAAAAGUGUCAAAUAAGCCAGAUUUUAUUUCCCUAGAAGAGUGAAUUCUUGCAAAAAUUUUUUUGACUCAUUCCAAAAAGAGCUAAUUUUUAAAAUGGUCGAAGGAUUUUGAAUAUUUAAAAAAAAACAGUCUUUCUUUUUUCAGAGCCAUCAACGACUUGACGAUCGAGCCGGCGAAACUGACCAAAGACCCGGCUCGUCUGCUUUCCAAUGCCAACGAAGCCUUAUUUGGCCAGGAACCGUCUGCAGUCAAGCCUGAAGCUGCCGAAGUCACUGGAGAUUCUGGGGAACAAGAAAGUUCUAGCCAAGAAGAGGGAGAUAGUCACGCCGCUGCAGAAUCCGCCAACAGUAGAAAAAUUCGGCCGAGGUCAAGAUUGAGUGAAAAAAGGAUUUUUUGCAUUUCCAAUGUACUGCUUGAGUUUUUCUGAACUUUCAAUCAAUCAAUCAAUAUUUAUUGGUUUUUUUAGUCAGAUGGAAUCGACUAGGCGGUGAAAAAAUUGCUCUUUUGAGCGGCACUAACACCGCCUUUGAAAAAGAAGUCAAAAUGUGUAGUCGAUUGAAUUGAAAGCAUGGUCUUACGGUCCUUCGCCUCGUUCUUCCACAAGUAGAUUCCUCAGUUUCGCGGGUACGGGCACCGCGGGGAUGGUGCUCUCUCAAUCGGCCGAGGUGACGGGCACGGACGCCGUGUACACUCUAGGGUAGCCUCCGCCGAUUGAGAGAGCUACCACUUCGAGUGAAGAAAAUACACGGAUUCGAAACAAAAAAGAAAAGAAAAGAAUCUGUAUUCAAUAUGUGUGGAAAGUUGAGAAUAAGUGUUUUUAGGAACUUUUAAACCUCUGGCUCAGUUCAGCUCUUUAAUUGAUCUUUGAUGUUAUAAAAUGGCUAAUAAGGAAAGCGCUUUUUUCGAGAGGAGCAAAAACAAAAAUAAAAUAUAUCUUAUUUGCUCUUAGAAAAGGGCGAUAAUCUGUCGAAAAAGUUUUUUUUUUCAGUUAUCACUAAAGAAAAGGUACUUAACUGAAUUUUCGGAAAAAUAUUUUGUGAAAGCCCUUUCUCGUUUAAAGGCAAAGUAAACGAAGACAAAUCAUAUGUCAAGACACGAUAUUUCCAGUACGGUAAGUCCAAUAAAUUUUCUUUUCGUAACAAAAAAAAAAUCAGAUAACACAUUUACACAUUCAUUCAGUCUUCAGAAAAGAUUCUCUGCUGAAUCGUGAAAAAAUCGAAGAGUUGUUUGUAGAUUUGCGGGAUCUCGUUGACCAAGAUAGAGCAUCUCGCCCUUCUUGAGAUAGUAGUAGAGGAGUUUCGAGCGUUCCGACGUUCAGCUGCCUCACCAUGGCGAAACAGUACGGCGCCCAGCUUGUCCAGGGCUGACGGGCGUCGGCUUAAAUCUCAGAGGAGAGCGUAAAGGAAAACCGACCACUCAUGAAGUAGAAUUGAGAUAAAAAUUAACGAUAUACGUUCUAUUAGCUGUCAUAUUAUUAGAAUGGAAAAGCUUGUUUUGCGAAUGUAAUCCCAAUAUCAUUGAAGAAACUUCUAGAGCCCUGCAAGGUACGAUUCCGGUGAUACCAUCGGACGCUGUUUACGGCGCUGCCACCGGCGACGAUCCUUUCAAGGCGGUUUCCGCUCUUUCGGACAGUCGUGGUAUCGUCCAUCGUCCUAAAAGUCGCAGUCCCUUCUCGAAGCCUGGUUUGAUCCAUAUUUCGCAAUCAUUUUCUAUUGGGACUGCCUUUUUCCUUUCAAUAAUAUGGAUAACAUUCAUUUUGCAAUAAUUCAGAAAAAUUAGUUGAAAAACUCAAAGAAAAUCAUUUUCAUUAGUAGUAACACAUUCUUCAACGAACUAGAACCCUUGCGUGUGUUUGAAAAAUUGAAAAUUAAUUUUUAGAAUUCCUAGAACUUGCGCAUUACCGAUUGCACUCCGUAAUUAAGCUUGAAGAAUGAUUUUUCUCAUUUUAUCCGAAAUAAAUCUUAUUAUCUAGGGAAUUUUCAAAAGAGUUAACAGACCAUCACAUUUCUUAUAAAAAGCUUCAAACCCGUGUCGAAAAGAGGCUUGGGAAUUUUCUCAAUAUUUUCAAAUCUAGAAAUGAGCUUGAAAAUGACUUCAAUUUCUACCAAAUCCAAAAAGGCUGUUUUCUGGCUAAAAAUGCUAUUUUUCAUUAAAAUCUGCAUUUAUCGAAUUCCUUCUAUCCAAACAAUAUCUUGAACAGGUCUUUGGGAACCAAAUCCGGACAAUCCACACAACCGUGACUUGGCCAACAAAUGGUACUACCAUCCCGAAUCUGUCGGCGUCGAUUGGCUCAAUGGACAGGUUAAAUCGAUUUGAAUACCUCCAAAUUUUUUUUUAUUUCAGGUGCAAUAUGGAGCCCAUUGGGCUGUUCCCGCUGCAGGCGUUGGAGGGACCGCCGGCUUCAGUGCCGUUCAUUUUCCGACAAUCGGCACCUUUCUCAACAUUCCAGACGACUACGAUUAG